AUGAGUGACAAAACGUGUACUCGAGCAGAAUUGUCUGUCCAUUGCGACAAAAACUGCUUGGUUGCGGCUGAGGACAGGAUAUGGUACUACUUCCUUGCAACCAGUGCGGUAAUAUUUUUUGGUGGAUUGGUGAGCAUCUUAAUUUCAAGGAUAAUAAGAAGAAUUUGUGACUCAAAACGAAGUAAACUAAACCCGACUAAAAAGGAUGGAAACAAGAAAAUUAACGGAUUGUCAAGGCCAGAUGUUUCAAAACGGGGAAUUUAUGUUUGGCUUAAGGAACAAGCGGCAACUCUGAUAACUGCCCAGACUUUUAAAGGCCGGUGUUUGGUGAGUACCGUAAUGAAAAUAACGCAUGAUCGAGAGGAGGCUUUCAGCUGUUUUGUUAAUUAACCGGAAGAACUAUAGUUUAUACUUUCGAGAAUGGGUCUGUGUUAGUAAUACUAAAACGCCAUAAAUGUGCCUAACGAUGUGCGCGUUUUUUUCUUUUGUUCGCGUUGAAAUUGACAACUGAGGGUGAAGUUUGCACCGAGUUCAAACACUUCAGUCAGUUGAUACAUACACCCGUCAAGGUAUCUUUCGUUCCUCUGCAUCAUAAUUAUUAAAGUAGUGCAACGUUGUCAAUCAUUAAAGCUGCCAUUUUGUGUGUAGGAGUUGUUCCUCCAGGAACUCGUGUUCUACAUCUUCAACAGCUACUGACAAUUUGCAAUGGGGCGUAGAAUUCAACGUUCAAUGGAAAAUAAACAUGGUCAGAUUGUAAAUAAGUCGUGAGCGUCUGUUUCCGUUUUUCUAAUUUAAGUGAUGCACCUUUUAUGUCGGACAAUGUCUGAAAUGUAAAUUAGUUUUGCCAUAAAUCUUUUUGUGUUUCUGUUAUAAAUCGCGUGACAAUAACUAAGGCAGUUUUAAGAUAACCGAGUUCGCGCGUGUUUUAACAAUCUCACAUGCUACACAAUCACAGGAUAUAAACAAACAUGGUUCCGAGAUAACCUAUGAACCUGAAGACACACUCGACUGGACAAGUUUUUUUUUUCCUUCAACAAGACCUAGACUCUGUCGUAUCUGAGUGGUGUCUGAUGAAUUUAAUAAUUACAAGUCACCCGAUUUCAAAUCAAUCUCAAGGAAUAUAUGGACGUUUGUCUGUUCCACAUACACCCCCUGGUAUUUUGGAGGGGAAUUUUUUUUUUUUUUUAGCUUUUUGUUAGUAUGAAUUUCUCUCUUUUACGUGAUGGAUAUUCCUUAAUAUUUGUUGAUGAAUAUUGAUUACUAUCUUCUGAUUCAUUUGUGAAGAUCAUAAAUGCAAUGCAAACUAAUAUUAUUACUGUUUCAUAACUUUGGUAUACAUUAAUAAUAGAACAAAUGUGAUCUUCAUUUUUCAUUCACCCUUUACAAAUGUUCCAAAAAGUUUCCAAGGCAACCAGCGAACAAAUUGAAUAACACUCUUCUUCCUUUUGUUGCCAUAGAAAUGUAAGUGAUAUUGCGUGAAAACAUGCAUCCACCACAGGUGUUCAAUGUUUUCCCACAAGUUUUACAGACUUAGAAGCGAGUUAAAAACGAAAUUUUCAUUAUUAAUUGCUAUGUUGAAUAAACCGAAAGUGAAUUACUUUAUUUUUAGUUUGCUAUAAUGGAGUGGAAAAAAAUGGAAGGCCAGCUAUUCUGGUCAUGUUUGGAUGCAGUGCAGAUUAGAUAACCCUGAUAUAACAAAGUGCUGCCUAGAGCUAGAAAAUAAUUUGUUAUGAUGCGAUUAUGUUAUUUUUGGGUCUUGUUCCAUACCUUCUUUUGCAAUACUGUAAAAUGAUGUGGUCAUGCAAAUAAAGCAAUUUAUUACUAUUAUUAUAAUUUACUAUAAUGUUGAAGGCAAAAUAUGUCAUAAUUUCCUGGUUUCACUGUACUAAAUUAGAGUAAUAAAAAAAUUGCACAUUUACUUAUAGCAGGGUUAAUCAUAGCUGUAGAAGAACAGUAGAUUUGAUGCACUUGUCAACAUUAAUAUUAUCAAGACCUUUGUAGGGCAUUUUUUAAUAAAACAGAUUCACAACUGGUUACAUACCACUCAGUAGGUCAGAAUGUUUUAGACUUAGAAAAUAAUGCAAUGACACACAAUAUACAAAAUUAUAUUUCUUUCAAAGAUGGAAACUAUGUUUAAGAUAGUGAUAAGAACAAUAUUUCAGGGGAUAACAGUGGUUCAGUGUUCUUACUACUCAGAUUUAUCAACAACAGCAACAACAACGUUUAUUCACAGGGUUGCAUAAAAAGGAAAAAAUGAUAUAAAAACGAAAUAGAUUAAUAAAAAAUAAAAAGGGUAACUCCUCCUAAAAAAGAAAUUUGUAGUCAGUAGAUUAAAGUAGGGUAGAAUGCAUGAGGAUUAAUAGACUUUUUAGUACAUCUCAGAACUCGUGAGAAACAAGAGAUAAAUUAACAAAUUAUGUUGCCUGUCCAGCAGUGUUCUCCCUAACUUUUAGCUCAGAAGGUGAGGGACCAUUCAUGGCCAGUAAGGCAAAAAAUAUGCACCUGCAGUAGCACAGUUUGCUAGGGGGGGGGGGGGGUGGUAAGGUGAUGGCCAUGGCCCUGCCCUCAGUGGGCAAUUUAGGUUCAGAAAUCCGGAAAAAAAAAAAGAAAAAUUAAAAAAUUUAGUUGGGCGCCCAGCAUCUUCCUCCCAAACUUUUAAGUCAGAAGGGGAGGGCACAUUCAGGGCCGGUAAGGCAAAAAAAAAGCCCCGGGGGUACGCAGGUUUGUGAGGGGGGGGGGGAGUAGUAGAGUGAUGGACAUGGCCCUGCCCUCACUGGGAAAUUUAGGAGCUAAGUUCUCUGAAAUGUCAUUCCCUCAGUUUAAGACCUAUUUUAAGCAAAUCGACCAUUGUUAUCCUUGGACAACAAUUUAGAACGUUUCAUUCCAAUAAUUUUACUCUGUCUUCAAUGUUUUCUUUCCAAAAUGCAUGGCCCAUAAAAAGGAAAGCUGUGUAUACUUUAGUACUUACUUUUCCAUAUAUAUUUAUUCGUUUUUCUUUUGAUAAUCGGAUUGGAUCACAACUUCCUUUUUAAGAGCUACUUUUUUUAAAAUUUUUGUAAACCUUCAAGUGGUUGCUGGCGGUAAGAAGUGUUGCUUCAGGUGGUAAAGUUUACCGGUUACCGUCUGAUAAGGAGAACACUGCUGUCCAUUUGUUUCUAUAAAAUGAAGCAUUCAUAAAACUAUACAGUGGGGUGCUGGUCAAAAUAUUUCAGCGGUAGACGUUAGAGAGAAUGUAUGAGAACCGCUCAAAUGGGCCUAAUCUCAGGUUUGAUGUGUUUGGAACUUGCUCUGUCUGGCGCCAUUUUGAAUUUUCCGCGUACCUUGCUUUACAAGUGUGAUCCAUUGUUCGGCGUUUUGAUUGGUUUAUUUUUCUGUGCGCCUGCGUGACCUGGCGCGCCAAGUAGCCCGAAAAGUAGCCCGUGACCUCGAAUUUUGGCUUCUUCGUCGUUUUUCUUGUUUUUGGAACAUGUAUCAGCUGAUGGAUCGACGUUUCCCUGGUGGCCUUUGUCAUCUUGUUUACUGUGUUGAUUUAAAUGAUAGUUCCUCUUUAAUCAGGAUCACUCACGACCGUAUGGAACUCUUUCUCACUUGGACUCAUCAGGCAGUUUCAUGCAAUGGUUGCAUUCAGAUUAAGAUGAACAAGUAUACGCAUGCAAGUAUGUUUAUGGUUUAUACCGUGGUUUGCUUCAACACUAGCCCUUGAAAACCAUGGCUAAUUUUAUGGUUAUAACGUUUGCCGUGGGUGUAAAAAGUUGUAUGAUGACAGGACAUAGACCUUCCAGGGGUGGAUCCAGGAUUUUACGUGAGUGAUUUGCACCAACUAAACUAGGGGGGUUGGGGGGCAUGCUCCCCCAAGAAAAUGUGAAAUUUAGUGCUCUCAAACUGCCAUUUUCCUGCGUUCUGAGAGCACCUCAAGCCAUUCAGACACAUAAACAGUACCUCCUCCAGGAAGGCAUAAUUCUGUACAAAUAUUCAUUACUUUGUUUGACUAUACAAGGUAACAUUUUUUUGUCUAGAUCUGAACUUUGCCUGUCUGUGUCUAAGGGGUCUAGCAAGUGAAUUAGCAUUGAUAAAAGUGUUGAGAAGCCUACACGACUCCUGCAGUUCGCUGUAGAAUAAAUUCUAAUAAAGCCUUCAUAGCUUAGCUUUAACUAGGAUGUCCUUUAGGGAUUUUCCCUUACGGUAUGAGAUGAUGGGGGAGCUCCUUAAAGAUUUCUCUCAGUUGCGGUUGAUUUUCUAUCAUGAGUAUGUCCUUUAGGUUAGGCAAAGCCGGGUGGUAUUGUGUUACAAAGGGCAGUAUUUUCUUAGGUGCAGUUUUGUUUUUCUGUGCUAGCAACAUUUCUCUAUCAGAGAAUUUAAUCUCUGAAAGGUUUUUUUCUACAAUUCUAGCUGGGUAAUCUCUAUUCUGCAGGCGUGUUCUGAAAUUACUCAUGUUUUCCUCAAAAGUAAAUUGAGAGGAAUUUGUUCUCAGAAGCCUUAACGCUUCUCCUUUUAUAAAGCCUUACGUGACGCCCUGGUGGGUGACACGAAUAGAAAUUCGUGUAUUGAAGGUUUCUGUAUCACAAUUUGUCGAGUUUAUUCAAAUUCCUCCCACACUGGACUCCAAACAAAACACACGGUAAACAAAAUGCACCAUUGAGAAAUUUUGAGUAUGCUAGCCAGGGAAAUCUUUUCAGCCAGCACCACACGAAGUGACGCUUAGAAUUUGAACAUUUCACUGACACUGGGAAAUCAAAUAGCUCACCUGGUUUCCACGCAUUCUCUAUGAACUUGAGCUUAUCCUGGUCCGAAUACGAGCUGAUUUCCUUGAAAACCAAGCCAAUAUCAUACUGAGAACAGUCCUCCUUCCGACAAACUGGAUCGCCUCGAACCAUGGUUUAUAAAUCAAAUUAUUCUUGUCUUCGUGAAGCGAUUUUACGAAUUCAACAAGAACGAAGGGACUUCUGAGGGAGAGGCUUCUCUUUAUAUAUGAUUGUCAGUAGUUUGCACGGUAGUUUGCGACCUGAAUAGCCAAUCACAAUCGAGUUUGAGUAGUUCGCAAGACAAUGCGAGUGAUUAAGACCAAUCGAAGUGGGUUUUGAGUGAUUUGUGAAAAGAUCCAUGCCUCCAGUCCCUACCCUCUAGGUAGAAACUUUGUCUGGUCGUGCCUGCGAGUUUUUUUUUCGCGUAGUUCUCGAAAGAUCAACAAAGGACGAAACCUCGCGAACGGUGACUCGUCCACUUCGCCCGGGAGGGGCUGGGUUUGCUGUGUGAUCGACAGAAUAAUCUCUCAGUUGUUUUAUUAAUUUCAUAAUAAACAACAAAACAAGGAGGAUAAUUGAUUUCGUCAACAGCAAUAAGGAGCUGAGAAAUAAGAUUUGGAAAAAAUUUGAGUGAUUUGUGCAAAUCACUUGAACUACUCUGGAUCCACCCCUGCCUUCUAUUACUUACGAUUCCCCAUCUCUUGAUCCUUAUAUGCAUGCAGAGCGUGGUAUUAAAGAUUUCCUUACAACCCCAUACAUUAUUGCAUGUGCAUGUAGUAGUUAAACGUCUUCUACAGAAGCAAACUUUACUUCUAAUGAUAACAAAAAUUAGGCUCUUGUAGUUCCUUGGACAUCCAGUUACUAUUUAGGCGCUACAGCUAGUCUGGAUUUACGUUUGUCAUGCUGAUUUUUAGCGAGAAAUUCAUAUCUAGUGGUGUCAGCAUAACUUAAUUUCAAAUCAUAACACUCUUAUAGCAUCAUUCUUUGUGUGCUAAGUUUUACCAGAAACCCCUUAUGAGUUUCUGGUUUUACCCAUUAUGGUGUGCACAAACAGUUUGAAAUUAUUUUCAUACGACUGUAAACUGUCUAAUAAAGACUUAAAUCACAAAGAACUUGUGAUUGUAGGACCCCCUUGUAGUCCUUUAUCCUAGUAACAACUAUUAAUUGACUGAAUAAUUCAUCAUUUAUCAGAUGUUGUUUCACUGCCCAGCAUCUACUUGCAGCAUGUACUUUAAUUUGUAGCCUCUAGUUUAGAUGAUAUGCUACCAGACACAUGUUGCAUCUAUUCAUGUGACUCUUGAAGAAAUUUGGAUUUAGUUAUGAGUGUUAGCUUUUUAACUGGCUCCAAUAAAGGGUUCAACCCAUGCACCAGCAGAAUUGCACCACCAGUGGAUAAUAACAAUAAACUUGUACUAACAGUUUUUUAACCUUUCAAUCCUCUUGGAAGUAUUUUUUGGUAACUUUUUUGGUCUUAAAUUAGUUAAGACAUUUUUUAACUCAUCCUUUUUUUGUUUGUUGAUAGGUCGUGCUGCAUUUCCUUUUAAGCAUAUCAUAUGUCAUUUUGUAUAUAGUGGAAUCAAGUUUGUAAGUAUACUCAGGUUAUACUGAUGUAGAAGUGUGGCUUUGUUCCUCUCUUAAAAGGAUCAGUUUUCUAACAUUUGUAACUUUUGCGAAAUUGUUUCUUUUUUUUCUUGCAAAUUAUCUCUUUGAUGACAAAUGCUAAUUUUUUUUAUUCAUGUGAUCUUAUUUGUUUUCAGUCCUGUUGAACAUUGUUUGAACAUGGCAGCUCAAAGAUUAUGGCUUUUUGACAUUGCUUUCAACCUCUUUUUCUUGUUUUACUUCUUCCUCCGAGUAAGCAUUAUCUAUGUUUUAGUGUCCCAAACUCAUCCUUUUUCAAAAUUGCCUUUUGGCUACCUUAAAUAAAACAUUUGCAAUGAGACACAUGAAACAUUGGCCACCAGAAUGCUGUAUAGUGUAAAUUGUGUAAAAAACUUAACCACUGCAAUCAAAUUUGGAGUUGCACUCGAUAUAUCUCAAGGCAGCUGGCUUCAUUCCUUGACAACCAGGCCCAGAUGUUGUUCAAAAGCUGGAUAGCGCAAUCCACCGGAUAAAUCACUCUCCAGCGGAUAAGUAUUAUGGGAGACAAUUGCGUUAUCUGCUGGAUAGUUAUUUAUCCAGUGGGUAGGGCUAUCCAACGUUUGAACAACCGGGACCUGGGUGAAAGAGGCAAAUGAGGAAGAAACAGAGUAUAAAUUAUAAUAAUCAAAGCAAACCUUUAUCUCCAUUUAACUUUAAAAAUACCAUAAACUCAAACUAAUAAAAACACCAUGUUUGGCUUAAUUAGCACAUGAUCACCCCACACGGGUUCGCAGAUAUAUCAGUGACUUUCGCUGCAAUAUUUUACUUGCCAAACAUUUUUCCCAGUGUGAUGGUAACCAGGGUGUUCUCAAGGUUUUUCCUAUUAUAAAAGUGUCUCCGUGCUUGCACCUUGGAUUACAAUGUAAUUAUCAAAGAAAGCAGAGAUUACUGGAACAAAUUUGCCUUGUUUCCAGGAAAAUCCAAGUGCAAAUGAUUAAAAAAUUAUGAUCGUGUAAGGAAUGUUGUCGGAAAAGCCUCAUGACAAAUACCUUUAAAUUGAUUGCUAAAUUCUUCUGCCAAAUUGGGUAAAUAUUUGACAUGAAAUAGAAAGUCACUUUGGACAUAAAUAAUUUCAUGGACCUGCACCAUAUUUUGUUACUUACAAAUAACUUUAAUUUAUGAAAUACCUUAAAUAGUAGUACACUGUAAUCUUCACUGUGUAAUUUAAAUCUUCUUUAUUUUUUUUAAUUUUAGUUUUUGGCAGCGAAUGAUAAGCUGAUGUUAUGGGUUGAAAUGUUGUCCUUGGUUGACUUCCUUACCAUUCCAGAUGUUUUUCUUUCCAUUGCUUUCCGACAAAACUGGCUGGGUAAGAGAAAUAUCUGUUUGUCAUACUCUACAUAAACCAUUCAUAGCCUACAGUUCUAAGGAAUUUGCUGUCUCUAUGUCCAAGGGGAGACAAAAAUUUAUUCCAGGUGAAGGGGACUAGAAUACAAGUAGACUAGGGUUGGGGUAGGAAAUUAAUUUGUACAUCUAGAACAAAAAUAUUGACAAAAAUGGAAUAAAUCAUUUGGCUGCUGAAUGAAACAUUAAUUUCAAGGUUAGUCCUCCUUUACCAUCUGAUUAGUGUUCUGCAGUUUAAUCUACUAUAAUAAAUAAAAUAUGUGUAAUGUUAAACUUAUUGCUUGUACUGUACUUUAUGGCAAAUGGAAACAAAACAACAAGAUGGGAGUUGUUGGAGCUAGGGGUUUUGUUAAGCAGUACUCAUCAAUCAAUACUGCAAGAGAAGUUUUCCUGUUUUUUUUUUAAAGGGCUAAGAUUUCUUCGUGCACUGCAAUUCACAAGUCUUGCAGACAUUCUUCAAUAUAUGGGCAUUAUACACUCCAGGUUUGUGUUCUAAGAUUAGGUGAUUUUGAAACACAGCUAAGAACCAAUAUUGUUCUUCACAAAUACUUAAAUUUUAAGUGGAAUUCUGUCAGUCGUGGGCAUAUUUCAGUUGCACAUUGUCCUGGAUGACUGACUGAUUUUUCAGCUAGAAAUCUUGGUUAAGCUGGCACUUCAUUUUUUUAAUCAUUAUUAUUUUCAUGUUAUUCUAUGAUCCUUUCGAUGUGAAUGAUAUGGUACUAAGUACUUAAAAUAAUUAGUUUAACCCAUUCGCCCCUGAACCGCCCGUAACCGCCCGUGCGGAUCCAGGUCCUUUCUACCCUUUGUGACGUCAUCAGUUUUAACGGUCAAGGACAACUUUCUUCGGUAACUUGUGCAGAGUGAAGAGAUCUUUCAAACCAUACCAGAAUGACCACAAUUCAGUCAAGGACACCGGAGAAAGAAGCAAAAAACCACGUGACAAGGACCUGAAAAUCUCCAUGAAAAUCUUGUUCCAUUACCCACCUACCUUUCCUUUCACCUAAUCCUAAGAUCCUAAAAGCUUUCCUAAAAACUCUUCCCACCAAAAUGAAGCCUACUAAAUGCCCAGCAAGAGAAAAAAAAAAUGAGGCAAGAAAAGCGAAAAAAGAAGGGAGGAGAGAAAGCGAAAAGUAAAAGUCAAGACUGCUGUGUCACUUUUAAACCCAAAAACUGUCGAAAUUUUGCUUUCUGCGCAUGCCCGAACUUCGCAAGCUGAUAUUUUGCAUCUGGAUCAGAAGGCCGCCAAGUGUACGACCUGUAGACCGGUUUGUGGUAAGUUUUAGCUCUUUAUAGCACGACAGUGACCAGAAAACCACUCGACUAGCUUCAAAACGCGUUUUUCGGCAAAAUCUCCAGGAGCGAAUGGGUUAAUAGUCUGAUGUGAAAAUUUUUUUUUUCUAGUGGUACCGUCUCACUGACAGUUAUGGUAGGAAGAUUAUGUGCUCUUCUAUUCACAUCUGGUGGAAUACUUCAUCUGGUUAGUCAGUAUAAAAAAAUUAUACUAUCUAAUACAGUGUGCAAAGAAAGUCGUGUCUGAUAGCCCGGGGCUAGUGGAUUUUGCUAUCGGGCUAGUGAUUUUUGUUCCUAACUUGCCCAAUGGGCAAGUGCUGUUUUGGGGGUAAAUUCAAAUUACAGAAGGAUUGAAAUCAAUCCUAUUAAAGUACAAUAAUGGUAAAACAGUAUUAUCAUUUGUCUCACAAUGUAAAAUUAUUACUGUUUAAUGAUACAGACCUUGACAUUUCUAUUGCUUUAAUAAGUAGUGCUAAUUAUCAUCAGGCAAGGAGGCUGACUGUUUAUAUGUCGGAACACUACAUAAAGCACUCUGCUUCACUGUGAAUGGUUUGUUUUCAACAGCUGUGGUUGACCCAUUUCGAUCCUCGCUAUUUCAGUGAUUUGCCAUGAGGAUAAAUAUUGCUCUGCGGUUUUAGGCAUUAGUAUCUUUUUAUUAAUUUGUGUGGUCUUUAUCAUUAACUCAAACCAUGGAUCUUCUUUUCAUGUUCUUCAUCUUUUGCAACUGGAUUCGUGACGUGUUCAUGAUUGCAACAAGAAAUAAGGACUAUCUUAAAAUUCCAGCUUAUCAAUCGCCUGCCGGUCAAAGAACUUUUCUAUAUAGAGCAAUUUAACUCUAGAACUCACUGCCACGUGCAAUCACUGCUGCAGACAGCCUGCAUGCUUUCCAAAAGAAAUUUAGAGAAUUCCUUUUUGAAUCAUUUCUUGUCAGCUAGGGGAGCUAACUAUUGGUGUUUUUAUCAAUUAUUAUAAUAUUUUAACGUUUAGAUAUUUUUUUCAAUAUUUCAAACUUACCUCAUGAAUUAUUUAUAUGUGGGGUCUGAAAAACCCUGAUUGGGAGAUUCAAUAAAGUUUUACUUUACUUUACUUUUUGUUUCCUAAUAUAAUGGCCGUUGAAUGUGGUACGGUUGUCUCUAAUGCUCAUUCACAAGAGCCUGCAAAUAUAAAGUUCAAAGCAAGGGACCGCAUCUUGAGGCAAACAAUACAAUACCUGAUAAUAAAAAUCAGUUAAUUAACUGAUGUCUACUUAUUCAUAAAACACUUAACUUCUUGAUGAAACUUAGUAAUAAAAGUAGUAAUAGAAGUCUGUUGCAAAAUUAAUGUGCCCUUAUAAUAUUGUUACGUUUGGUCCAUUUUAGGUGGAGAACAGUGGAGAUCCUUUAAGUUUUUCCAAUGGACAAAGUCUGAAUUAUUUUGAUUGUCUUUACACCCUUGUGGUAGGUUUUAAGUGUUGUAAUGUCAAAAUAAUGUUGUCUUAUAUCAAUUCUUCAUCGUGUACAAAACAUUUACAUUGCAAGUAACAAAAAUAACUGUAGUUUCCAAUGAUCCUGUGAAAUUCAAGAGACCCAGCUAUUAAUUACUUUAAUAAGUUUAAUAAAAUACAGAGUAAGGUUUUUCUUGUCACCCAAAGUGUUGAAAGUUAGCGACCAGAAGCUACUGGUUGAUGAUAGAGCAUAACCCUGUAAUAGUUAUGACAUAUGUUACUGUAUACUGUUGUUCCCGCAAGCGUAUCUGUUGUGGUUCAAUUUUGUCAUUUCUCUGUCAAACAAGCCAGAGUAUUAAAUAAUUAUGAUCAGAAAAUUCCAAUGAAAAUCUUCUUUCAUUAGUACCCACACCUGUACUUCCUUCAAAAUAAUUUCACUAUCCUCAGGGUUUGGCAAAAAAACCUUUCCCACUGAAAUGAAAUGUAGGAAAUGUCCAGCAAAAGAAAAAGGCAGUGAAGAGGGCAGUAAAACAUACUGGGCUAUUUUGUCCUUUCCACAUGCCUGAAUUUGAGAAGCUGUAAUGUGGUACAUAAUUCAAAACAAACAAUUCAUGAUUAGUUGUGGGAUAGUGCUCAAAGUGUUUGGGCAUUUUUGCUUCUUUUUGGCCAUAUAGUGGUCAACCAGAAAAUGACCUGACUCAGCAUAUGCUGCAAAUAUCCUUUGAGAAUAGGUUAUUGAUUUAUCCAAAACUAGUAUAAUAAUCAUAAUUAUAAUUCAUAAUUUCAUAAUUUCAUUAUGUAAUUUAAUCACCAGGUUACCAUGUCCACAGUUGGUUUUGGUGAUAUAUCUGCUGUAACAUAUUUUGGUAGAACAUUUAUGAUGCUUUUUAUCUCAAUUGGCCUGGUAUGUUGUUUCUAUUCCGAUCUGUUCAUUGGUGAUUAAAGUUAGCAUGCCUCUAUUUCCAGUUGUUUACAUGACUUGUUUCCUCUUUGAAACCUUUUUCGCUAUAGUGGAUGCUUAAUCCACUGCACUUAGUAUUGCGUAGUAUCAGUUUCCCUUUGAAAUGUUUUUGAGUUUGUGGAUGGGAUGAAUUCAAAGCUCUUUGGCAGUUAGGUAGUUUGCUUACAAUUUUUAUUGUAACUGUUCAAAGUUUAAUGUAUGACUGAAAGUUUUUUCUCUUAAUUUGUGAUAGUCAAAUAUAAUAUCAUGGACUUAAUCAGCAUUUGAUGAACCAUAGGACUCUUAACUUCUUUAUUUCAGUACUGUUAAAUUCUUCAAUUUAAAUUUGACAGAAUUAAAAUAAAAAGUUAAUAUUAACAAAUUUUAUUUUGCAUGACUUAUGUCAAAUUUUUUGUUUAGGGCAUGUUUGCUACGUAUAUACCAGCAAUUUUGGAAUAUUUAUCAAGUCACACAAUUUAUCAUGGAUCAUACAAACUACCAGAUGGAAGAAAGUGAGAACCAUUAAUGUACACUUUAAAUGCUCAUAGAGAUCAAUGCACCUGAUCUGCGGGGGGUCUGCCUUAGACAGGACAUUUUGCCUCUUGCUGCUGUCUUCUCCCUGAAAUUGUGACAAUCUUGGAUAUAGCUUUUCUUGCACGAUAUACAGUAGAACCCCGGUACCUCAAACUCUGAAGGGAAGCGAAAAACAGUUCGAGUUUAAUAGUUGGGUUUGAGUUAUUGGGGUCAAUUGAAUAUUCAAUUUGCCAUGUUUAUAAUUAAUAGUUACUGAUUUUUUUUCACCACAUCAGUGUGCAUAGUAUGUACUGCAGUGCAAAUUUAAAUUAUUUAUUUCAUCAGAAAUGGUAACAUGAUUACACACUUUUACUAUAAAACGUGAUCUGUUCGCUGCACUAUAGUGUUUUUUACCAAUAUACAACAAGGAACAGCUAAUUGGAUGGUAUCCGAGUGGAGUUGCAAGAACAUGAAUUCGAGUUAUUGAGGCAAAUUUCAGUGAAAUUUUGAUCAAGGGAAAGGACAUUUAGUUUGAGUUAGCGGGUUGCUCGAGCGGAUUCUACUGUACUCUGAACCAUGUAGCUGUUGUUGGUGUGCACCCAUACUCUUACUGAGUAAACAAUAAGCCUAGUAAGGUUUUGGGUGGAUUAUAAACAGGAGGGCUUUAAAACUGAAAAAGAAAUAUUUGCAAAAUUAUGCUGUGAGCUAUAGUAUUAAUAAGCACUUUGGACAAAAAAAUUUAAUAUUUAUCAUUACAUUAAAAGAAUACCCAGUAUCCAGUGACAGGAGGGAUUAUAUCUGGUGUGUGGCCUGGGAUAGGGGAUUUCAAGGAGAGUCAUUUUUAUUUGCAUCUAGAUGGGCAGGUAUACUUGUGAAAGGCUUAGCUCAUAAGACAGAAUUGUACGGUAAAUGAUAUCAGAAAUCCCCUCUUUGUGUAAUUUAUUCCAGGCAUAUUAUUCUUUGUGGAUAUAUAACAAAGCAGAGUGUGGAAACCUUUCUAAGAGACUUUCUCCAUAAAGAUAGAUCUAAUACUUCAAUCAAUGCAGUCAUCAUGGGAAAGUGAGUAUUGAUGUUGUAUUGUAUUAAGUGCAAUCUCAAGGUCAUACCCUAGGUAGGGAACCUAGGACAUAACCAGCUCACAUCAUUUGCUUUGUGCCUAGCAGUUAAAAUAACUAAUUGUUUUAGAAAAGUUUCUGUUGUGGCCAAAAAAAGAAAUUACUUUGCCACCAGACACUGUUAUAUGACGGCUGCCCUGCUGUGAACUGCAAUGUUUUGUAAAAAUAUUUCAGCAUAUGGGAAGACCUAAACUUCAGAAUUUUCAGUGCCAUUUGCCAACAUAACUUUGCUAGGGUGCAAAGAAUUGUUAAAGAUAAAAGCUCAUUGUUUUGAGGAAAAGAUAUAGUUACACUUACUAUUUUAUACAAACACGAACAGAUCUCUCCAUUCACAUCUGAUAUUAAUUUUAUUUCCCAAAAUAGAAUGAAAAAUAAAAAGUCUUGCUUAUUUGACUGCAGUGGAAAUUAUCAGCCCGUGGCCAUCUGGACCAAAAAAUGGAUUAGCUAGAACACUGGCAAAAAUUUCUAAAACAGUGAGACCUGUUAGACCACAAGUCCUUAAAGUGCCUGGUGAACUGUCUUCUGUAUAGAAAACUCAAGUUCAGCCUCAGUCUAAUUUCAUUGUUCAUCAGAAAUGCACCUGUUAUGCAAGUCACAUUUUUUGUGUUUUCCUUUUAGUUUUUUGCCAGAUGCAGAGCUUGAAUCAUUGUUCAAAAAACAUUUUAUUAGUGUAUCAUUUUUCAAGGGAACUGUUUUGAAUGGAGAUGACUGCCAACGAGUAAAGGUGGGUUCUUGGAUUGUUUUAACAAAAUUACACAAUAAGAAGGCAAUAUAGGAAAGAAGACAGCAAACCCUGUGUGACAAGUGUGACAAUAAUGAUUAUGUCUGAAAAACGUUUCUGCCAAACCGUUGCCUCCCUUUAAACACGUCUUUUUGUAAAAGACCUGAACACAGUGAGAAAAACUGAGGAUCAUAACAAAACAUGCAUGCUCAUAAGUAACAGCCAUGUCACGUUUGUCUCAUACAAAUGAUUUGCCAUCCUCUUCUUCUUGGUGUGCCUUCGUGUUGUCAGGGUGCAAAGAAAGUCAGUUUCACAGCCUGCCAUUUGGGCAAGCUGUAGCUAGCAUGUAUGAAAACAGGUGUGGGCUAUUCAGCAUUCAGCAUUAUGCAUUUUGCAACAGCCACACAGCAUACGAUGCAAUGUUAACAUUUGCGUUUUAUUCAAUUUUAGAUGAACUUGGCGGAUUGCUGUAUUGUCUUGUGCAAUAAAGAGUGUAUCGAUCCAGGUGAAGAGGAUGCAGAGAAUAUCAUGAGGUAUUAAAAUAGUUGUUGCAUCAUAAUCAGGAUUAGCUAAUUAAAGACAAGGCUGUGCAGUCUAAGAAAAGUGAGCCCGCAGUGCUCUGCACCUGUGCUGUACAAAAUUAAAUGUAUGUUUAGCAAUCCAUUUUUGCCUGUUCAAAGCAAAUAUAAUGUAUAAAAGUAAUGAGAAAUCAGGCAAGCUUACAACUAUUGUUUUCUCUGCACAUGUGAAAUCCAGGGUGCCCUGCAACUCAAAGUAAGUCAUCAGGGGCAACCAGGAGCCCUGGAAAGACUUCCAAAAACCUCUUUUAAUGCGGCUUAACCGUUAACCCUCUAGUAAGAAGUUGUGGAAAGUGGAACUCAGACUUUAUCAGCUCGAUCUCAUUAUCCUGAGUCCUUGAGUUUCUUUAAGGUCUAAACAAUAAUAGUAUUAAUCCCAAUCUCAAAACCUGCAGUGAUUGUGUUAAGUGACCAUGGCAUAUACUGCAGUCUCUAGUGAGGUCUGGCAUUUAUGCAGUGGAAGGAACAAAUUCUUAAGAAUGUAAAAAGCAUUUUAAAAAAAAGAAGAAGAAGGCAGCCCGUCUCAUGCACUGGAAAUUAAAAUAACCAGCUUAGAUGCUUAAAGUUCUGUUAAAAUUACUCAUUUUAAUGUCUAAAGUACUUCCACACAAAACACCUCUUCUAGUAAGCCUAUUUUUUUUUCUCAGGGUUGUAGCCAUAAAAAAUUAUUAUCCAGAAAUAAGAAUUAUUAUUCAACUACUUCAGUACAUGAACAAGGUGAGGUGGAAGUUGUCAUCAGUUUUGUUAUUGAUAUUAUUACCAUUAAUAGUUAUGGAUGCUCCUAAACCAUGAAAACUAAAAGCAAAUUCCUUCAUUUUGGCAGAGGGAAGUAAAAACUGGAAACAUGUCAGCAUUUUUGGGCCACAGUUUAAAAGAGAAACAUACAUCCGAUCAUUUUUUAGUAAAAAGAAAAUUAGAUGAGAUACUAGUCAAUGCAUGGCUGAAUACUUAUUAAAUAAUACUCCAUGUUAAUAAAUAAUUGGUAUAUAUCACAUGAUUAUGUUGCAGAGACAUGGCGCAUGUUUUGUUGAACACAGUAAAGUGAUGAUUUGUCUUUAUAAUAUCUUCUCUCUUUUUGUGUGCAGUCUUACCUGUUGAACAUCCCAUCAUGGAAUCCAAAAUGUGGAGAUGACGUGGUCUGCAUCAGUGAGGUACAAUGAACUUAAGUCAAAAAUUAGGUCUAAUAAUAAUAAUAAUAAUAACAAUAAUUUAUCAUUAUAAUCUUCAUUGAACACAAGUUCUGGAUGGUUUGCUGAAGAAUUAUUUUUAUUAUCAUUAUCAUUAUUUUCAUAAAGUAUUUUGAAAUCAUUAUUACUAAAAAAUUAUUAUUAUUAGAAAUACUGGAAGGUAAAAUAUUUUGUAAAUCAAUGUGCCUGAUUAAUCAGUAAUGCUGAAUAUUCUGUUCUUGUUCUGAUAAAAAAGGAACUACAUUAUUAUUAUUAAGGCUCCUUUCCUUUUGCAGCUCAAAUUGGGAUUUAUUGCACAAAGUUGUUUGUCUCCAGGAUUCUCUACACUGUUGGCAAACAUUUUUUCCAUGAGAUCAAAUGAUACAGUAAGUGUUGUAAAGUUAUUACUGUUUUUUGUAAUAAAUUUUACUGAUUAGGAACAUGAUGAAUUUAAAUUUAUAAUAAUUCAUAAACUUCAGUUUUGCUUUCCUUUAAUUGGUUGCACAGAGGUCACACACACCUUGAAAGUCCUUGAAUUUUAGUCUGAAAAGUGCUUGAAAAUUUAAGCUGGUGCUGGAAAGUCGUUGAAUUUCGUUGCUAUAAGUAUAUGCAACCCAGAUUCUCAAGUGCCUAAAAGGAGCGAAUAUAGAAAGACCUUCAGGAUAAAAUUGCUCAUGUGGAAGAACUAAAAAACAAAAAGACUCAAGGCUUGUUUUUGCACUGAAUGGAGUCCUUGAAAAAUAGGAAAUGGGUCCUUGAAAGUCCUUGAACUUUUUGUUCAAAAACGAGUAGGAACCCUGGUGUUAAUACAUAUCUUACAUCAAACCAACAAGGCCAUGGUUGUAUGUUAUAGCCGACAGGUGUCAUGGGUAAUCAAGCAUCCAAUGGUCAGACUCCAAAUCAGGCAUCAAUUAUGCAAAAUAGAAAUUCUGUUAGUAUAUUUCCUUGAGAAAAAAUUUAGCAAUCAUUCUCAUCACCUUGUCAACACUGAUUAAUUCAAACAAACUUCUUUUUAGCUGAGCAAUUUAGCAUCACUGUCCACAUUCUGGUAUCUAGUUCCUUAGAUUGUAAAUUUGCAAGUAAUAAAUAUUAUAUCAAGCACAAUACGCAGUAGUUGUACUGUUUUAUCCAAUGUCAUUGUCACUAUAACGAAGGUACUUCACAAAAGUUUUGUUUUCCUGAUAAAGCUUUUAUUAUUAUUCUAUCCUUCAUUACAGCAAGAUAUAUUCUUUGCUGCAGCUGCAGUAUCAUUUCACAGAACCGGAAACAAAAUAUGUACUUAUUGACUGAGUGGGAGAGCUGAACAGGAAAAUAUUUGACUCAAAAUCAGGAUGUACGGAUCGAGAGCCAAAUAUUUUCCCGUCUGGCCCUACCUAACUCAGUCAAUAAGAAUUUCAUCAUAUGACUGAACAUUGCGGUUUUUUUUCUGACGGAGCGAACCCGCAUUGAUCAGUUUGCUUUUCUAGCAGGGCUGCAUUUUUCCAGCCCCAUCACUUGACAUGUACUGCACUCAAAAGAACUUUUUCAUCUGGUUUUCCUAUGAAAUUGCACAUGGAGCCAUACAGGUCAUAUUAUAAUAGACAGCUUUAGAUAGAUAACUUUAUCAAAGUGUCAAACAUGAAUAGCACUAAGUAAGGACACUAUACACUAAGAAUUUUUAAGAAAAUACCAGUAUAUGUACCUUCUGCAAAUAUAUAUACAUAAUACAGUGCUCUUCAAAAUAAAAUGUCAGUGAUUUUGAAAAUGCUUACUUCCCUGAGAGGACUUUUGGUUUUUUUUUUUCUAUAAAACCUUAUUAUGAUUUCUGUCUGUUUUUAACACAUUAUCUUGUUUUUGGAGUUUUAUCUCACCUUCGUCUAUUCAUUUUCUGUAAAAGCCUCACCGAGUUUGAUCAAAAUGUUUGUAGGCUUGAAAGCAUGUGCAUACAGUACUUUGAUGUAGCUCUGACAGGGUUGUGUGUACUUUUGCAUGAAUAUAAUAUACUUUACAUCCAUUUUAGGAAAACAGAAAAGAUUCAGAUAUCUGGAAGACAUCUUACAUAGAUGGUGCAAACCUUGAAAUGUACACUGAAACCCUGUCUAAUUCAUUUAAGGGAAUGAACUUCCAACAAGUUGCUGAGUAAGUCCAAGAAUAUUUCUAAUUAAGGCAGAACAAUUAAAAAUUUUAUCUUGGAUUUAAAUAAGUUAAAACUUAAGAAUAAUAACUGUCAUUAGUUUCAAAACAUGAACGCUUGUUUGAGAUGACUGUCAGGCCAGUUUAAUUUGUUGUGUCUAAGGGUGGAUUUCCACUAUCACUUAAUUUUUACGUGCAUAUGCUGCACGUAAAAUUUUCAUCACAAAUAAAAGAGAGGCAAUAUAUAAAAGAUCACACAUAAAAGCAAAUGUUGAACCUCGCUUAACUUCAUGUUUAAGUGCAACACUUCAUACCUUGUCUCUGUUUAAAAUUAUGCGACAGUGGAAAUCCACCCUAAGGCUCAGCUGAUAAUUAAUAUUAACUUUAUUAGGGUUAGGGUUAGGGUUAUCUCUUAAAAUACUGCAUACUAAUAAGGAGGAGGUUUAUCAGUUGGAAGUCACUGGACAUGAUGUACUAUUGACCAUUUCAUAAGUUAAUGGGCUCAUGAAUUAUUAGUGGGUUUGAAUGAACCCAGUUAGAAAGCAUCACCUUUGUUUAAAGUUUUGCCCUGCCUUAAGAUUAGCAUAAUAGCUAUUUGUGGGGCAUACAAUAUAUUGUAAAACUAUAAUGUUUUGUUAGUAAAUACACUGUUGUUAUAUAUAUAACAACAGUGUAUUUACUAACAAACCAUUAUAGUUUUACAAUAUACUGUAUGCCCCACAAAUAGCUAUUAUGCUAAUCUUAAGGCAGGGCAAAACUUUAAACAAAGGUGAUAUUAACUUACAUAUUAAAAAAAGAACAGAGAUGCCAAAUUACCCCAGGCAAUUGAAGUCAACCACUGGGAACGAGGUUGAAUUGAAGUAGUUGCACACUGCUUUUUAACUAGCCAAAAUAACAGUCAAGUACUGGGAGCAUUAAUUAUUUGAGGUGACUUGUCGGCACAGCACUAUUGGAUUACAUAUUAAAUUCAAAUGAAUAUUAUUUCCUUGGUGACAGGAUUUGUUUUGAAAAGCUCGGUCUUCUUCUGAUCGCCAUAGAAACAAUCAAACCUGAUGGGGAGAAAAUGUAAGUAUUAUUAAUAUAACAUAAUUAUUCCCACUAUGUGAGUGUAUUAACAAUCACACUGUAAUGUAGUGCAAAUUAUAUUUAAUAGCAGAUCAAUAGUGAGUCUUCUUUUAUUCUUGCCAGAGACUCAAACUGUUAUGAAGCUACCCUGAGCUUUUCACUAGGAUACUCAUGAAUAAAUCUUUGCUCCAUUUCUUCAAAGCUAUCCUUGAUACCAGUUUCAGGCCAGAAAUUUACCAUUCCUGAAUUUUACAUACCAUUUGCCCAAACCGUGGACCAACCGGUUUUCCCAUGUAAAUGGUAAACAAACAAGUUCGUUAAAUGGUUAGUUUUUAUGAACAUUAGAGAGUUGUUUUUGCGGAGCCUUUAUGAGUAGAUGAUAUGUUGACUCUCUUGUGAAUAACUGGAUUAUGUGGAAUUCUCCAUUUUUAUGUUUUUAAUGCAUUUUCUAUUUUCCCCUCAAUUAGCAAAUGAGACAAUCUUAGCUUUGGCAGGUGCAUCAGAGUAAGACUGAAUACUAAACUAGCAGGGAAGACUUUGAAGUACAAGAUCAGAUGAUACCAAAUGUCAACUAUAACCUAUUUCAAAUAUGGCCAGCUCAAGUUUCAAUCUCCAUACUCAACUUAAUAUAACCAACUGAACAACAAUGGUUUGUAUAAAUUGCUUGAUUUUGUAUUUUGUUUUCAAGAUUUACCAUCAAUCCUCGAGACAAGAUCAUUGAACAAAGAACCAGGGGCUACUUUAUUGCAGGAUCUUCUCCUGAAGUCAAAAGGUACAAGAAAUUAUUUGGUCCUUUUAUUAAUAUUGGAAAUUUGUCUUAUUUUUUUUUACCAAUGGAACAAUAAAUCUAUGUUUAUCUGCUUUUAAGGUCAUAUUUAGUCACUUGCAAAACCCAAAGGGACCCUUCCAGGGCAUGGUCUUCUUCUUAUUUGAGGAAAAUUUAUUGGAUACAAUUUGAGUGGUGCACUACUUAGAGAUCAGACCAUGCAUCAAGCAGUUGUUUAUAGAGGGUUAAAAGCAAUGAAAAUUUUAAAACCAUCAACCAAAGCUGAUUGUUAUUUUACGUCAAGAUUUUCCAACAAUAGUGUUUGGCAGACAAGAUUUUGCUGUUACAGCAGUUAGCUGCACAUAGAAGAAGAGGAUAAACAUCACAUUAAGUGUCUCUUCAGUUAUGUUGAAUUUUAAAGUACUUUUCAUUCUUAAGCCUAGCAAUAGCGAAUGAAUGGCUUACUAAAUUUAAUCCUAUGCUACAAAUUCCAACAGUCCUUUCAGUUACUUUUAUGAUUAUGAAAAAGACAGUUUUAAUUAUUAUUCUUUGAAAUGCUUUUUAUUUCUGUAAGGGCAUACCACUAUUGUGUGACUUGUCACGAAAAUGUAGAAUCACCAGUUCUUGUCAAAGAGUGUGAAUGCUUCAAAGGUAUUGAUCUAUAAUAGCUUUUAUUUUUUCCUUUUUUUUUGUUUGUUUUGUUUUUCUUUUGUUUUUCAAGUGUUCAAUAACUAGAACGAAAACUAGUUCUGCAAGUUUGGGAAAUUUAUUUUUCUUAAGUAAUAGACAUUGCUAAAUUUGACUUUGAUUGAGGUUGCUGUGCCAAUAAGAAAUUAGCGUCACUCCUGCCAGAAUGACAUCAGUCCCUAAAUGAAACUUGAGAGUUUGUUACUCAGUGAACAAUAGAAGCUUUCCCAGGAUGAAAGAUCUUGUCUUUGGCUUUCAAUUUCCAGUGGUUACAUUAAACAGAAAAUUGGAUAUAUAUUUCAGUUUGUUUUAUGGGACUCUGAUAAGGUCUUGGUUUAGUUUUUCUGCUCAAGUGCUCAAAGGACACAAUACAUUGCAUUUGGUUGAUCCCACCCACCCACCCACCCACCCUGCCUGGCUGUUCAUCUGUUUAAUAUCCUCAUACACAUUCUCCACACUGAUCUCCAUUUAUUUCCUUUAAGAAUUGCUUAGGAGAGUUUGAUAAAAGAUCAAAGCAUCUUUUCUCAAAACCUUUUCUCUUGAAAAUCAAUGAGUAACGCUGGAUGAAAGUUGAUGUUAGUUACUCUUGAGGCUUAAAAGGUUCAAAUAGCUGGUCUGCAGUUACAGCUCAUACACUGCAGGGCUCAUUUUACACUCCACAGAUUUUAACCUUGAUUCACUAAUGUAUCGUUGGUAUUGAUGUUCUGUAAUGAAGUCGUUACCAUACAUUUAAGGGCAAUAAAUCUUUCUAAUCUUUUUUAUACUGUCUUCUCUUUACAAGGAAGUCUAACUUUCCGAGGAAUAGGCAAAGCGGUUCUGAUCACUGCAGCUGCUAAUAGUUAGUAUAAAUAUCUUCUUAAACUCUAUUAUUUUCUGCAUUCUAUUAUUACUAUCCUGUCUCUUGGCCAAUUAAAGAAGGUGUUUUAUUUACCCCCAUCAAACUUGGCUUUUGGUGGUAUAUUACACUUCACUUCUAAUUGGCUUUUUCCUGUCAUGCACGAUAAUCAUCAUAUCAUCAUGUAUCAUUGAUAAUCAACAAACAUCAUUCCUCUCUGAUGGCAUAAUUCUUCAGUGCCUUUAGCACACUCUUAAAGCUGACGUAACAUUUCUGCAUCGUCACACUAAUUCUUAUUGACUGCUCAAGAUGUCAUCUUUGUAUCCUAUUUUUUACUGCUUCUCUCUCAUAUAUUUCGGUAAAUCAAAAAAAUGUAAAGUGUUAAUUAAUGUUGCAAUAUUUUAAUAGUUAUAGUUAUUUCAUGUUAAAUUUACUGCUGUUAGCUUGUCUUAACCUCUGCAUAUAUAUAGUAUGGUGCAGUAAUAAUGUUUCUUGGUAAUUAUAAUUAAAAACCACUGCUAGGAGUGAACUAGACUGCUCUUAAUUCUCUUCUGAGGCACAAACUUAAUUUAUGUUAAGGCGUGUAAUUUGCAUGCCAUCAUUAUUUAAUUGUGAAUCAGAGCCACCGUAAUGAACACUCACCGAAGAUCUUGCACUGGAUUGUAUCAUCUUUCUGCACUAUGCUCACCUAAUUGAAAGGCAUUCUGUUCUUGCUCCCUUUUUCUUGCCAUUUACACAUGUAUAAAAACACUUUUGUGGGCAACCUAUCAAUGUGUUGAGUUAUGGCGGCACGCUUUUGUUUUCUUACUUUUGCAGCUUUGCAGAAUAUCUAAGAAUCGUUACUUUAGUUGAAGGCAUCAUUUGUAAACUCUGUUGGUCAAAAAUCGAACAGUGAAAGUCAUUGAGAACCUGUGAUAAGAUCCCAAAAAUAUCUAGCUGGAUUUUUUGAGAGAAUGCGAGAAUUAACUAUCAAUUUAGACAAGUGAACUGAAAAAUGUAGAGAAACUGGUGUAGCAAACAGUUCAAGCCUUAAAGUCUGUAAGCUUGGACUGGGAAUGGACAUUAUUUUAUGUACAAAUCUGUGACUUACAUUCCGGGUAGGUUGUCCUUGAAAAUCGAAUGAGGUCCUUGAAAAGUCCUGAACAAAUGGUUGCAAUUUUUUGUAUGAACGCUGAAGAGGUUUCAAUGGAUCAAUCCAACCACAGGAUUUCCGACUCAGGAGGCUAGUAGAGAUACACUUCUUUGCCGGCUUUGCAAAUGUUUUCAUCUUGACUGUGACUCUUCCUUCUCUUAAGCACUGCACUCAGAUGAUCUGAUGAACUUGGCUCCUCACCUCGGCUACAAUUACGAUUCAUCCAUGAAUUCCAUGCACUUGAGUUUUUCACCAAAAGACAGAUUCAGAAACGGAACUGCACCUAGCUAUGGAGGCAAGUUUCAAAUAACACGGCAUUAUGUGUGCUGAAGUGACUUCCUUAAGCAAUGGUUUGUUUAUGCUUUUCUCAUGGCCUUUCACAUCAACCAUGCACAUCACUGCAAUGGGGAUAAGUAGUUUAUUUUAUUUGUGCGCAUUAGAUCAUAUAUUUAAAUGCUAUUUUGCGCCUUAUAAAUAAAAAAUUAUUAUUAUUAUUAUUAUUAUUAUUAUUAUUAUUAUUAUUAUUUACAGCUACCAUAUUACAACCAAAUAUUAACUACCUUAUUACUACCUAUACUACCAUAUAAGUACCACUUAAAAGAAGGACAGUUUAAAUAUCUCAGUUCGUCAAUCAGCAUCUGGACAAGGCACUUUUUUUAUGCAGGGCUAUUACCCUUAAAAAAUUCCUUACCACGUGCGAUUACUGUAGCUGACAACUUGUACAUUCAAGAAGUUUUAGUUUAGUUUAAUUUAAGUUUAAGAGACUGAGAGAAUUUCGCUUGAAUCCACAUUUUGUAAGUUAGGAGAUUUAUCUAUUGAUGGCUUUUAAAUAUCUUAUCCAAUAUUUCUUAUUUCUCUAAUUAUUUACUGUAAUGUAAAGUGAGUCUGAAAAACCCUGAGUGGUAGCAUACAUAGCACCGUGUAGGUGUUUGACAAGAAUUAUAGCAAAUUUAAGAUGGUUUAUUGCUGACAUCUGGAAUGGGAAUCGCUUAAGGAAAAGGAUCAAUAGAUCACUUAAGUUUGUAUGUUUUGUGUUUCGUUUUCUCGGGUGGGGAUUUGCCCUUUGUCUCAGUUUUCAUCACCUGGUACCUAUUUGGUGCACAACGUCUCAUACAACAGGGUCAUACAAACCUAACUACUGCUUUAAAUUAGAAGAUCAGGUUCUUAAAUCAGACAAGUCAAGUUGCGUUUCAGGUUGCUUCUUGAUCUGUUCAUCACUUGCAUCGGUGCCAAGCAUGUCAGUCCAUUUUCACUCCUGCCUGCAGUCCAGUCCAGCCCAUUCCAUUCACCAACAGUUGCAUUUUCGUCCAUGAAGCCGACUAGCUGCUGUCUCAUCUGGAAAUCAAAUUUCACACCAUGUUAUCCACAAUCAUUAAGUGCACAUUAAGAGAGCAGUCUACAAUUGAGCAAGUCUUCUGCUCUAUUUGAUUUUUGUAGACCACUUUCUUGGUGUCCCUGGACGUAAAAAUAAAACAAACGAGGUUCUCUUGGUGGAAGCAGUUUGGAACUCAGAAAAUGCAUCUGUUAGUGAAAACACUGUGCAAAUGGACACGUGUAAGCUGUGGCUUGAUGGUAGUUCUUCUGGUGACUCUGGUUCUCAUUUUUCAAAAUUCUUUUAGCUUCAUUACUGGUUUCAGUCAAACCGGGAAAACCAUGAACACCAGAAUCAUUUUUGGAAUGUUGUUGUGUUGCAAGAAAAAAGCUAAUCAAGCGUGAGAAAACUAAACCGCUAGCAAGAACGUUAAUUAGUUUGUGGUUUUGUGGCUUGCUCGCAUGUCCUAAUCUUUGCUGUGAUUGGUGUUAACACAAUAAACACUCUUGGAAUAUUUCAAGUGUUCACUGUUUUCCCGGUUGCACUGUAAUUUCCAAAAAUGACAUAAGUAAUAGAGUUCGAGCGAGGGAGGCCUGGGAAGACGCCAUAAAGGGUCUAGGCAAGCUCCAUCAUAGGUUUGUAAUAAUCUGUUUACAUCUGAUUGUAUGGAUUGGCUCAAAAACUGUUUGCUACUCUAAGCAUGGCUACAUCAUAGUUAACUCUAUUUAAGACAACCACUGUUCAGACUGACGGCGGGCACUGUGUCUCCAUCUGGGAGGUGGCCGCAGUAAAGGAAACAGUGUUCCUACAGAGUCUUGAAUUCUUGAAAAAGUCUUGUUGCAAUGCAUUCCUUAAGUUUGUUAGUUAUCGUAAAACUAAUUUUAUCUUUUUAAUUUAUGAUUUCUAUCAUAAUGUUUGUUUGUUUUCAGUCAAAACAGUGAGUGCCAAAGCAACGUUCCCUUUACUUCAAAAGAGUUCUGGAGAAUCAAAACUUGGUACCUACAAGGUUCUGAACAAACUUAAAGCGUAAGUAUAUUCAGGGAAUCGACAAAAGAAACUCUUUCUUCAGCAAAUCAUUCACUGUGUGAUAGCCUAAGAUAAAGAAAAACAGAUGUGUUAAUUUUAAAAUGUUUCGGUUACUUUAGACUCAAAGAACAGCAGUCGCAAGGGAAUGAAUUGAAACCAUGCUUCGACAUUUCGGGAACAUUUUACUGGUGUGAACCGACACGCUUCGAAGAUCGAUUGCUGGUAUGCUGUUUUUGUAACAAUUUGUUUUUUAAACUACGGUGGUAAAGUUAGUAGACUGUUUCGCGGGCCGCAUUCUUGUGUACCAUGGCACCAAGUGACACAAUUCCUCACUUCAGAAACUCUGGGAGAAUGGGUACAAGCUUUGAGCGCAGUGAUUUCUGGGAUCGUUUGGGUGGACAAGCGUUAUUUUGAUUGGUCAGUUGUAGUCAAGGCAACCAUUAACCAAUCAUAAGUAACGCAAUUUGUGCACGUCAUCCCUAAUUAUAACUUCGUUACCAAGGUUCUCUCUUUCUCGUGCCCUGAUCCAAGAGAAGAGUAGUAUGGAACCCUGGGAACGAGGUUGUUCUAUUCACCGCCGAGAAACGGCCGCGAAAGCCUGAGCUGGUAUCAAAAAUUGAACACAACUUUGGUUUUGGAAUUUUCCGAACAGGAAAAGGGGCUUUCUCCUCUACGCUUCAUUUGCAAACAAACUUUGAUGUGCCUUGCUACAAUAAAUGAUCGUGUAAUUAAUAAACCAUAAUUUCUUUGUGAAUUAUUAACUGAAUAUUGCUUUAUGUAUCUUUAAUAGAACCGAGAAGAAGCGAUGAAAAUCGUGUUCUCUCAUCACAUACUCGUUUGUCUCUUCAAUGACAAGGAUUCGCCUCUUUUGGGAUUAAGACCUUUGGUUAGUAUGAUGUGUUAAUCUUUUGUCAUUUACUGUUAUCAUUUUAUGUAUUUCCAGUGUUUCUCACGUUUAACACUUGUCCGCUUAGAUCCAUCUUGAUAGGUAUUGCCAAAAUCUGUUGUUGUUUAGUUAUUACGUUUAUGCACAUAUUGGAUUCGUAAACUAACGUUUAUUCUACUCAACUUUUAAUUCCAGGUGAUACCAUUAAGAGCCAGCAACCUGUUACAAUCUGAACUGAAAAAGAUCGUUUUUCUUGGAAAUAAAGACUACAUGGAGAGAGAGGUAAUGCUACUGUAUUUCGAUUGCGAUUUUUUUAGUCCUUACGUUUUAAUUUACAUGCAUUCAGUACUAAUGGCCUCUUGACUUUUACAAUGUAAUUUUGCUUUUAAUAGAUUUUGUGUUUUGUCUUUGUUUUCAGUGGCAUCAGCUGUGUAAUUUUGACGACGUAUAUGUGCUUCCCGUAAGUAUUUUCAUUCUUUGAGGAUUCAGGAGUUCCUGAAUUGACUUUUUGCAAACACUUCAAAAUACACGAAACGUAAAAGCGUGGCACAAGCUUUGCUUUGCAACCGUGGAAACUAAACGACCCUUUAUAGUCUACACAAGAGUUCGGAACAUUUCUCUGAACGUCAAUUUUCAAUUUUCUCGGAGUUGUUUAUCGUUAUUUUCCUUCCAACGUAAUCUUCAGUGUUUUAAAAAAUCCCAUAUAUUUAAAACUUCACUCAGCUGCUCCAGCUUGUUUCCAGAUAUCACAGAUCGUCCAAAUCAAACUGUAACAUGUAUAAAAACCCCAACUCGAACCUCCGACGCACUAGUCUGCUACACAGCCGUUUUUAUUGUCGUCACGCAACGUUCCUCCACAGGAGCGUUGCGUGACGACAGUAAAAACGGCUUUGUACCAGACUACCCACGCAGUCGUUCUUUUGGCUCUUCACGCAAUCCUCCCCAACUUGGGGAAAUAACACGUGACCUAUGAACGUCAACAUGGGAGGCUACCCAAACUCGGGAUUAGAGAGAAAUUUUGAUCCACUUAGCGGCCGAGGACAGGACGCCAACUGGGGUAACUCUAUAGGCCCUUUACAGCUAGUCAUUCAUGUGGUACAAAACCGCCAUGCGGAGAGCAAGAGACGCACUAUGGGACAAGACAAUUAAAGGAACCCAACGAGUUCGGUAACCGGUCAUUUCGCCCCCUAGUCAGUCAUUUCGCCCCAGUUACUUAGCCCCCUAUUUUCGAGUCAUUUAGCGCGCUUCAAAUGUAAUAUUCCUUGUUCUAUAAGCCGUAAAGCAAAACAAGCGCGCUUCAAAUGUAAUAUUCCUCGUUCUAUAAGCCAUAAAGCAAAACAAGCGCGCUUCAAAUGUAAUAUUCCUCGUUCUUUAAGCCAUAAAGCAAAACAAGCCCGCUUCAAAUGUAGUAUUCCUCUUUCUUUGAGCCGUAAUCCAAAACAAGCACGCUUCAAACAUAGUAUAUUCCUCGUUCUAGAAUAGAGGGCUUAGUAACCGGGGCGAAAUGACUUGGGGGCGAGAUGACCGGUAAGCGUAAUUUCCUUUGUUUGUUUGUCUGAUCCCAGUGCGUGCCGUGCUCUCCAGCAAUGUGGUUUUGUGCCACGUGAGGGACCAGCUGCAAAGAGCUUAUUGUAAGUCCAACGAUCUGACCAAUCACUUGUUUUCUCCGUCUUUUUUCCGUACAUCACAGGGUUCUCCCUUUUGUCGGGCUGAUCUACGAGCUGUUAAUGCUAAUCUAGCAGACAUGGUAGUUUUCCUGUCACCUUCAACGGCUAGUAAAGCUGAUGAUCCAAAGCUCGCUGACAAGGAAUCAGUUUUGGCUUCGUUGAAUCUCAAGGCGAUGUCAUUUGAUGAUGCAGUUGGAAUGUUGAGUGAAAGUACAAGGAAUGCUUUUGCUGGGCUUGACUUUGGUGUGACACCACGAGUGGAGAGAAGAGGAUCUGCCUAUGGCUGCAAUAUUCCUAUCAUAACAGAAGUGGGUGAGUGAUUUUUCGUACAGAUCGACAAUAUAAAAAAUUGUCAGGUGAAACGCAUUGAAACGCGGCUGCGAGCUAAUGCAGGACAGUAUGUAUAUUACCUUUUGUUUUGCCAGCCACCGUUCCAGAGGUAGCCUAGGGAAAAGGUUUAUCUGAUGAUCUGAAAACUGGUUUAGGUUGAGUGUGGGAUCACUUGUUUGGUUAGUUAUCCUUUGUGACUUUCCACAGUUGGAUAUUACUGAUAUGAUGAGUAACAAAAUGUUGAAAUGCUUGAAAAUUUCCACUUCUUUCCGGUAGCAUCAUGAACCCGACUUUCAACAUCUUGCCCGUAGGGUCUUGAACUUUUAACAUUCUGCUGGUAAAAAGUUAAGGAGGAGGUCAAUUUUUUGAGUUCAUCUCAACUCGUGAAAUGAAUGAAGAUGACCUGAACUUCGGGAAUACAAAUCUAAACGAAGAUUUGACCCUCACAGUUGUAAUUGCAAUUUAAGCAAUUGCAAAUUACGCCCGAACAAAGAUGAGAUAUAAAUGCUGCUGACUCAUCUCCUGCCUUUCUCUCAUGCAGCGUUUGACCAAAAUGUGCAGUAUUUGGAUGUCGAUGACGAAGAUGAUGAAGAUCAAGAUUUGUACAUGACUCAGCCAUUUGCCUGUGGAACAGCCUUUACAGUUUCCAUGUUGGAUUCGCUUAUGAGCGCGGUUAGUUCAUUUAUGUACUGCUUUCUGGCUGCAUCGGUUGCAAUAUGCCUGCCUCAGUUUGGCAAUCCGGGGUCUUGGUUGUCGCUCUGCCAGUUUGAUAGACUCGAUCUCGAGGGAGGAUUGCGGGCUCAUUUCCCGAACAGCGGCUGAUAAUCGAGCCUAUCCGUUUGACUGUAGGUAACAAAAUUGCAAUUGGUGCAGCUGAAAUUUGUUUACUGCACCAGAUUUGGGGCGAUCGACAUCAUUCUAGGCCUGUGGGUGCGGAAACACAUUUUUCACAGUUUGUAACGGUUUGUAGGUGACUUUGAUCUCUUAACAAUUGUAUAAGUUAUUCUGAUUUUGCUUUAUUAUUACAGACGUACUUCAACCCGGACAUUUUGACAUUAGUUCGUCAUCUGGUAACUGGUGGAGUAAGUCAGUUCCUGGAAGAACAUAUUGCUGAAGGGGAUGAACUGAAAGGAGGACUGGAUGCAGAACAGACUGCAGACACUAGAAGUCGUUGUAAAAUUAUACAGAUGUCUUUGUUUGAUGGACCUCUCUCUCAGUACGGGGUAAGCUCCUUUUUUAAAAAUCCGUAGCAGGGAUUAUCGCAUACAGCUGGUCCAAAACCCAAUACGAUCACAGUUCUAAGUAGUGUACCAACUAGUACACAACUGUAGGUAAAGAGGGCAAAAUGUGAGGAAAUUUUCUUUAUCGAGAUCUCUUAAACGUCGUGAGGAAGAGUUUUUGAGGUAAGUGUUGGGUUCUCUUUUUGGUUAUCGUCGGUAAAUGUGGGCAAUCUUUUCUACUUGCUGUCAUUCAGAUAGAAACUCAAAUCCAAAGUUGACAAACUUUAAUGUUAUGUUUUAUUUGCUAAUUUAUUGGUUUAUACGCUUUCGUCAACUUUUAUUACAGUUACUUUAUCACAUUUGCCCAAGUAGGUAAGCGAAUAAACAGGUAAACAAAUGGAGGAAGAUAGAGAUGUGCAAUGUGAAAAAAAAAACUUAUAUGCUACUAGCGCCACCCAAGGAUUGACGCGCACGCGGUGGAGCGUGUUUAGACCUGGUAGCGGGCGAGGGAACACACCCCUCUCUCCAGUUUCCUUCUCGGUUCGUUAGUUCUCUCUCGUCUGACUAACCAACAAGGGACUGCUCUCAGAUAACAAUUUUUUUUUUCUCGAAUGUCUUUUUUAGGAUGGUGGCAAGUAUGGGGAUAUGUUUUUGCACGCAUUGCGGACCUCAUCUAAGAUCUGCCUGGGUUUGUAUAGAUUCCGAGACAGUCACAAGGUGCAGUUGGGAAUCCCUUCAUCUAAGCGAUAUGUCAUCUGCUCUCCACCUUAUAACUUUAUACUCCAGCAAACAGAUCUCGUUUUCGUACUGGCACAUUCAGAUCCAGAACUGGAUAAAUACAAAGUGUAAAGACACACAGAGUAAUCCAAAAGAAAAUACACUAAUCCGCCUUUGAUGAUCCAUUCGUCACGAGAACAAUACUGAGUCGAGUUAACUUUUGCAAAGUCUUCUGGGACUGUCUCUAGGGACAAGGGCAAAAAUGAUUGGCGCGUCCCCACUAACCAUCCCAGAAACAAUUGCGAGGCGCAUUUCGGGUCCAGUUCCCUUCUGGUUGCUAGCCUGCGAGCGAGCCCUCCUAUUUGGGCAAACGAAGCGAGCCUCGCGAGAACGCGCGUUCUCGCGAGACUCGUUUCACUCGCCCAAAUAGGAGAGCUUGCUGGCAGGCUAUCUGGUUGCUCAAGUGACGAAUUGUGAAACAAAUAUAUUUUGAUAGCAGCCUUAUUUUAGAAUAUUUACAGUGUUAGUGGGUAGUUAGGAGUGACAACACACAUUAUAUUUCAAAUUACAGCCCGGGUGAUUGGCGCUAGUACUGAAAAAUUAAAACGGUGGGAGAGAAAAAAAUCCCGCGCGCGUGAGAGCAUAAGGGACUGUAUAGAUGGUGUUAAACCCAGGGUUAACCUGGUCAAAUUUCUUUUGCGAAAGCAGUUUUUAAUAGCACAUUUCUUUGAAAACCUUUUGUACAAGAUUUUGGUGUUUUAUAGCAUAGUACUAUGUGAACAGGAAUUUUAUACACGUGUUUACGUUGUUGUUUACGCUUAGUGAUAAAAUUAUUUAAGUAUUUUCAUUUGUCAUUUGUCUAAAAUUUCCGUAAACGGAUGACAAAAAUUCAAAUCUCACCAUGAAAUGGUCCAGUCCGCAAACAAUUGUCGUAGUCCUUAUUCUUUAACUUUGAGUUUGAGUUGAGUGAAUAUUGUUAUUUUGGGAGGCGGGGGGAUGUUCAACCUCUACCCCAGGGCUUUUUCCCUUUGAAUCUGGGCGCUUCCCAGAUUCUACCGGAAAAGCUCCUUAGGGACGAGUGCAGGCAAUUCCGACAAAACACAAUAAUGUAGAAACGUACUGAUCGACCUCUGUGAUUCAAAAGUUAUUUUAGGCUAGGUCAAUUUAGUUACCAAAAAGGACGUAACUGUUGCGUAGCUCGUUUUCGGGCUGUAGACUCGUAACGUCGUCGCCAGGUCCUCUCCGCGUUCAAAGUGCCGUGGAAACCUAUUUACAACGCAACCGAGAUAAGGCAAGCCUUGGAAUAUUCUGUCGGGAAACCUUGACGAAAAAUGGUCUUACUUCAGUAUCUUGCGGCUAUUUGUGUUUCAUUCCUUGUGUAGCAAGGACAUUAUUUGAUAAUCUUUUACUGACGUGCUGAUCUACUAUUUACCACAAUACGCACCGCCAUUUCAAACUCGGGCAAGACCCUGGAGGCGAGUAUUCAGGGCUCACAAUAAACUGCAGUUGGAGCUACUGUUUUAAAGCUUUGAAAAGGAAAAACAGUGUGUCAUUUGCUUUUUUUACGCGAACGUUUUUUACGCCGUCGUUGUUUCUAUUUAGUCUUUGUCGUUUAGGUACAGUGGGAUGAAAACCUAAAUCUGGCAUUUUUAUUGUUGUUACUUUUUCAUCUUCUCUUUAUUUAAGUGACUAGUAGGUAUUGGUAUAAUAUUUUCUUAGCAGAGAAACUUUCCCAGCAAAUGGGAAUCCGGAAAUAGCAUUACUUUAUCCAACUUCUACAACUUAGCAAUAUCAGCAACACAAAUUUGCUUGUUUUUAGCUACGUUAAAAGUAUGGUUGUUUCCUGACGAGUUUCUGAAUUGUUUGCUUUCGAGUGUUCAGCCUGGAGACUAGGGUUAUCUUUGCCUUGUACCUUACGACUUCUUCCCAGGCCUUCUCUGUUGAAGUAUUUUAGUGACGUAACCGAGACGAACGGCGGACAAACUUGUCCGGACCACGUGACCCGGAACGCAUAGGUCGCGUGGAAUAAUGGGGUCUGGAGACCAGGCAAGGGUGAUCUUACCUAAGCUGGACCAAAAUGAAAUAUAAUUUAAUAUAAUAUAUUUAAGAGGAAAAGUACAACUGGUUUGUAACAGAAACUGGUCAGAGGAAUUACGAUAUUAUUUUAAAAAGAGUUUAACUUAUUUAUUAUUCAUCAAAUGUUGCAUUCUUUGAUGGGUUUCACACUUUAAAUAAAAACUAACGACAUUC